AUUCAUCAUCAUCAUUCCAUCGCCUCAUCGUCUCCAAUACUAUCACAUUCAUAUCAUACAGUUUGACCUGUCCCUAAGCACAUAUCCAUACCUCCUCAAAUACCCUCCCUCAACAACCUGACGUUCACACCAUGGGCGAAAUCGAACUCGGCCAAUACAUCGUCGAAAGGCUCAAGCAACUAGAUGUCAAGCAAGUCUUCGGUCUUCCAGGCGACUACAACCUUGACUGGCUGGACUUCAUCGAAAACGACAAGGACAUUCACUGGGUCGGAUCGACUAAUGAGCUUAACGCUUCGUACGCGGCGGACGGAUACGCUCGAGUGAAACACAGUCUAGGUGUGGUUGUCACCACGUUCGGUGUUGGUGAACUCUCGGCCUUGAACGGUAUCGCAGGCGCCAUGUCUGAACGUGUCCCCAUCUUGCACUUGGUCGGAGUCCCCUCGACCUCGCUCCAGGCUAACAAGGCCAUCUUGCACCACACCCUAGGCGGUUCGGGCACUUUCAACUCGUUUGCGGAAAUGUCCUCGCAUAUCAGCAGCGCCGUCGGUAUCCUCAAAAAGAACACCGACUGGACGACCGAGAUCGACCGCGUCAUCACUUGCGCUUUGACCGAGUGCAGGCCCGUCUACUUGACCCUUCCGACUGAUCUGGUUCACGCCAAGGUCUCGGAUGCGCCUUUGAGGGAGUCCAAGCUGCCUCGACCUCAUUCGGCGCCGGUCAGCGAUGAGCUGGGAGACGAAUCGACCCAGUCGGACGUGCUGAAACAUUGCAUCGCCGAGAUCUCGGAGAGGUUCGAGAAGAGCAAGAACCCUAUCGUCGUCGUCGACAUCUGCGCCGACAGGUUCGGAUGCGGGCCCGAGCUGAAAAAGUUGGUCGAGGCUACGGGAGUUAGGUUCUUUGCCACCCCUAUGGGAAAAUCGGUGUUGGACGAGGAUCACACCCUGUUCGGUGGUACCUACGCCGGUGCAAACUCGCUCCCUGCCGUCAGACAAGAGAUUGAGAAUGCCGAUUUCGUCUUGAUGGCCGGCAAGUUGGAGAGCGACUUCAACUCCGGAAGCUUCACCUUCCAGUUGCCCGUCAAGGACACGGUCGAGCUCCACUCGUUCGAGACCAAGAUUGGCUACGCAUCUUAUCCCGAAUGCGACAUCCGGACGAUCCUGCCUCACCUGACCCGAGCACUGGGCCAGAUCGUCAAGAAGAACGGUGGACCCAAGCAAAAGGACGAGAAGCUUAUCGAGAAGAGCAAGAAGCAGAGGGAAGAGUUGGGUCAGGUGCCAGAGCCUGACUCCAAGGCUAUCAAGCACGAUUGGUUCUGGCCCAGGAUCGGAGCUUUCUUGCAGCCUAACGAUAUUGUUAUCGGAGAAACCGGCACGAGUAGUUUCGGACUCGUAAACGUUCCUUUCCCUAAGAACGGUUCAUGCCUGACUCAGACCCUCUGGGGUAGUAUCGGAUGGGCUACCGGAGCAACUAUGGGCGCCGUUCUCGCCGCCAACGAGGCCAAGGAGAAGAGGAGGACCAUUUUGUUUACUGGUGACGGGUCUAUCCAGCUUACCUUGCAGGAGGUCGGCACGAUGAUCCGACGUAAGACCUGCCCGUACCUCUUUGUGCUGAACAACGAUGGCUACGAGAUCGAGCGACAGAUUCACGGUCCCAAGGCCGAGUACAACGAUAUUAUGAUGUACGACUGGCAGAAGAUGUUGCCGUUCUUUGCCGGAAAGAGCACCCACCCUUACCAAUCUUUCGAGGUUCAUACUCCGGCCGAAUUGGAUGAACUCCUGAACGACAAGGAAUUCAACGUGGCCGACAAGCUGAGACUGAUCGAAGUCUACAUGCCUCGGGGCGAUGCGCCCGCCGGGUUGAUCCGCCAGGCUCAGUUGACCGCCGAGGCCAACUCGAAGAUUUAGAGACGGCACUGGCGUGUUGUCUCAAGAGUGACAGGAGAACCAGCAAUAUUCCAAUCAAGUCAAAAGUCAGCCAUUAUAGAGAGCUACUAGAAACCGUCGAUACAACUUGUCAAAUAAAAUAGAACCGUGUGAUACAGUCAACAA